AUGUGUCGUUUUUUUGUUGUAGAUAUCACUACAUACCAGCCCGUUGGUAAUGUUCAAGUGUCCCCAAAUUCUGGAAGGAGGACAUUUAUACCAGAUGUCGAUGAUUCGAUUAAACCUCAGAUGCAUAUGACGUUUGAUUCGCUCGAAAAUGCCUUUCUUUUUUACCAAAGAUAUGCUAAGGCGGGAGGUUUCACAGCUAGGAAGGGUACUCAAUACGAGCCUCGAAAGGGUGUCAUACAUAACAAAUGGUUCCUAUGCUCAAAAGAGGGUACUAAACCCUUAAAGGCGAUUGACUCGACUCAGGAAGCUGGUAGUUCUAAUGAUAACUCAAAGUCUAAGAUUACUCGCAGGGUUCCUUCUAUAAGGACCGGAUGUGAAGCGUGCAUUCGGGUUAAGUUAACCCCGGAUAAUCUUUACGAGGUUUAUUACUUCGAGGAUUCGCAUAAUCACUCAUUUGUUGCUGAAGAUGACACGUACCUGCUUCCUGAAAACAGAGGAAUCAAUUACGUACAGGAAGAAGCCGUAAAUGCUUUAAGUGCCAUAAACGUUGGUCCAGUUCGAGCGUUUAACAUUAUGAGGACUCUCUAUGGAGGUUUUAACAAGGUAGGUUCCACGAAAGUUGACUUCAAGAAUUUCAAGAGAGACUUAAAUAGGUAUAUAGCUGAGUACGAUGCUGACAUGGUUAUUAAACGACUAAGAAGGAAGAAAGAAUUUAUGCCCAAUUUCUCUAUGGAAUACCUAACAACUGACGAUGGCAUUUUAUGUGCGUUGUUCUCGGCCGAUGGAGAUACAAAGAGAAAUUUUCAUACGUUUGGGGAUGUUGUGUCCUUUGAUGCUACUUAUUGCCGUAACAAGUACAAUAUGAUGUUCGUACCUUUUACUGGCGUUGACAAUCACUAUCGUAAUAUUAUCUUGGGUGCUGCUAUAAUCAGUAAUGAAACUGCCGAAACAUAUAGCUGGUUGCUUAACGCAUUUCGGCAGGCAUUUGGGCGCGCACCACCUGUAAUUGUAACUGAUCAAGACCCAGCGAUGAGGAAAGCUAUUCAAGAUACUUGGCCUGAAAGUAGGCACAGGCUUUGCAUGUGGCAUAUAAUGGACAAACUUACUACCAAGGUUGGCGCCAACCUAUGCAAUAGCACUGAUUUUAAGAAGAGGUUGUGUGAUAUUUCUAUUUACGAGAUUAGGGAUACAUGGAUCCCUGCGUACUAUCGUGAUGAACACAUGUCUGGGCUGAUGCGUACUUCGUCACGUUCGGAGAGUGAGAACCAUUUCUUUGGGCAGUUUUGCAACCCGAACUGUACGCUUGUUGAAUUCUUGGGCCAUUUUGACUCUGCAAUUGAAGCCCAAAGACACGAGCACUGGAAGAAUGAUCACGAUACUAGGCACACGAACCCCCAAAUAUUUGCAAAAGAGUUUGUCUUAGAACAACAGGCAGCAAACAUCUUCACACGGACAAUUUUCUUCGAUGCGCAACUUGAAAUUCAGCCAGCCAUUCACAAGUGUGGUAUUGGAAAAUGGGAUGAAAUGGAGGAUAACUUUGUGAACUUCUCUGUGAAGGACUUUUCUCAAACGUGUACUACAUUUUUUCAGGUUAUGAUGCGCCAGCUAGACAUGACCAUGAGUUGUUCAUGCAAUAGGUAUGAACAGUUUGGGCUUUUGUGCGCGCACAUUUUUUGCGUUUUGCGGUUUCUUGAUAUCAGGCAGUUCCCUGAAAGGUAUAUAAUGCGACGGUGGACCAGGGAAGCUACGGCUGAUCAGGCAGUCGUAAACGCACCCCCUAGGAGUCGUCGCGAUAGGUUUGCUGAAAUAACUGGAUACACCCAAGAAACACCUGUAACUGUUCGCAUGCCGAAAACCACUAGAUUUAAAGGUAUAGGCAAGCCUUCGAGAAUGAAGAGUAAUCGUGAAAUAGCCAUUAUUCAAUCUGUUAAGAAAAAAAAGGGUCGUGAAUGUAGCAAUUGCAAACCUCGGGGCCAUAAUAUACGUACCUGCACGUACCCGGCAAGGGAAAAGAACGACGACUCCUCAGAAAGUGAUGAAGCGGCGGGUGAAGGAGAUGACGAAGAUGAGCUAGAAGAUCCGGCGGGUGAAGGAGAUGACGAAGAGGAGCUAGAAGAUGAAGAGCAGGAGUAG